UUCUUUGUAGCUUCAUUGCCAUUAUCAUAUCAAUAUCAUUCACAUUAUUUUUAGUUAUUUAGUGGUUGCCAUAUUAAUACCCUUAUCAAGACUUUAUAGUUCCUCUAACUAUUUUCUUCUUUUAAGGAUUUCUCACUUGAAAAGCUUUGAUCAAUUUUCCGUGAAAAUCCUUCGCCGUUUUCCUUCAUCGUCACCGAAAAAGAUCCGGGGAUCGGAGGUCGCUAGCUUGGUGUUCAAUCCAUGGCGGCCGCAGCCGGUGGCAAAUCGCUCGAGCAAACACCGACGUGGGCCGUUGCCGUUGUUUGUUUCGUUUUGCUUGCCAUCUCUAUUUUCAUCGAAUACAGCCUCCAUCUUAUCGGACAUUGGCUGAAGAAGAGACAUAAACGGGCGUUAUUUGAAGCACUAGAGAAGAUCAAAUCAGAGCUUAUGUUAUUGGGAUUCAUAUCAUUGCUUCUAACAGUGGGGCAAGGUCCAAUCACAGAGAUAUGUAUCCCUGAACAUGUAGCUGCCACGUGGCAUCCAUGUACAAAGGAGAGAGAAAAGGAGAUAAACAAAGAGAUGGAGAAAUCUGUGAAACAUUUGGCUACUAAUGGCCGGAGACUCCUUCAUCUCGCCGGAGCUGGUGGAAGUUUCCGGCGGAUUUUGGCCGCCGCCGGAGGAGAGGACAAGUGUGCUGCCAAGGGUCAAGUGUCAUUUAUUUCAGCAGAAGGAAUUCAUCAACUUCAUAUCUUCAUAUUUGUGUUGGCAGUUUUCCAUGUUUUGUAUUGUGUUCUAACUUAUGCUUUGGCUAGAGCAAAGAUGAGGAGUUGGAAAACAUGGGAAAAAGAGACCAAAACUGCAGAAUACCAAUUCUCACAUGAUCCGGAGAGAUUUAGGUUUGCAAGAGACACCUCGUUUGGGAGAAGACAUUUGAGCUUCUGGACCAAGAAUCCUGCCCUAAUGUGGAUAGUUUGUUUCUUCAGGCAAUUUGUAAGAUCUGUUCCAAAAGUUGAUUACUUGACAUUAAGACAUGGGUUUAUAAUGGCACAUUUAGCACCUCAAAGUCAUACACAAUUUGAUUUUCAAAAAUAUAUCAAUAGAUCCCUUGAAGAGGACUUCAAAGUUGUUGUGGGAAUCAGAUAUUAUACAGCGCUAAUUAAAUGUUUGGUGUUGCUUGUUAUUUUAUUUUAUUUUUUUGAAUUUCAGUAUGAGUUCGGGUUGAAUUCUUGUUUCCAUGAGCAUGUAGAGGAUGUGGUGAUCAGAAUUUCAAUGGGGGUGAUUGUACAAAUCCUUUGCAGUUAUGUUACUCUACCUCUUUAUGCACUAGUCACUCAGAUGGGUUCAACAAUGAAGCCAACUAUAUUCAAUGAGAGAGUAGCAGCGGCGCUUCGCAAUUGGUACCACUCGGCUCGGAAGCACAUCAAACACAACCGCGGUUCGAUCACUCCAAUGUCGAGCCGACCCGCCACCCCGACUCACAACAUGUCACCGGUCCACCUUCUCCGUUACCACAGGAGCGAGGUCGAUAGCUUCCACACCUCACCGAGAAGGUCACCCUUCGAGACCGACCGUUGGGACAACGAUUCGCCCUCACCGUCACGUCAUGCUGAAGGUUCGUCCUCGUCACAACCCCAUGUCGAGAUGGGAGGUUAUGACAAAGAUCCGGUUGAACCGGAUUCGACUCAAUUUGACCCGGUUCAAUCAUCUCGAACCCGCACUCAACAUGAGAUUCAUAUUGGCGGCAUCAAAGACUUUUCCUUUGAUAGAGUUGAAUGAAACGAAGUUCGUGGAUGUUGAAGGGAUGAGACUAAUCUAGACCGUUCAUCACGAACUUUUUGAACUUGUACGAUAUUCUGGUUAUGAUUUUUUAAUUUUCUUUUUCUUUACAAAUUUAGAAGGAAUCAGUGUAGUAUAUGUACAUGUAAUAAGGAUGACAUGCAGAAUAUUUUCAAUAUUAGUUAUAAUUUCAUUCUUUUAAA